CCACAGUAGAGGCAACACAAGUGGUUACUGUAGAGAUUUGAGAUUAUUAUUUAGAUUUUACUGUAUAUAGAUGCUCAAAGGUUCUGCCGAGUGUGACAGCUGCUGUUUUCAGGUCCUGAAGGUCGUUUAAAGCGUCAAGAGCGGAAAACAACUAACCUCCCCCUCUGCCAGACUUAUCUUUCCUCUGGAGGAAAAGGGACAGUCGACGUGUGCUGCGGUGGAGCAAAGGUGGUUGACAGCGACACCGAAGCAGUCGCCCAAAAUCUGAGAAAUCUUAUCUCUUGAAGCUGGUUUGCUAAGACGGCAUCACCGCAAAGGUUUCCUGGAGAUUGUUUGGAUAUUUGCGUGGAGGUCAGAGAAUAAAAACCUGCAGCCAUGUCUCCGUUCCUACGGAUUGGGUUCUCUAGCUUUGAGAUGGAUCCAGGUCUGGCUUACCACGAGGAGGUGCUGAACCCGUACUGUGCUGUUUACAUGAAGGAGGCCAUUGACACCGAAAAGGGCCAAGUGCACAAGCAGAAGAAACCCACCAUGUACCCGCCAUGGAGCACCACAUUUGAUGCCCACGUCCACCGUGGUCGCAUCAUGCACGUGAUGGUGAAGGACCGCACGGCAGAGCUGAAGUCUGAGGCCACGGUGGCUCUGGACUCGCUGGCAACGCGAUGCAAGAAGGAGAACGGCAAGCUGGAGAUCUGGCUGGAACUGAAGCCACAGGGCCGCCUGCUGAUGGAGGCCAAAUACUAUCUGGAGAAGAGUGACGCUGCAGGUCAGACUGAGGGAGACCCAGAGUCCGAACCAGAGAGGGAGGGUCUGUUUGCCCUCCAUCAGAGGCGAGGUGCCAUCAAACAGGCUAAAGUCCACGUUGUCAAAUGUCACGAGUUCAGCGCCACGUUCUUCCCUCAACCGACCUUCUGCUCCGUCUGCAAGGAGUUUGUCUGGGGUCUUAACAAGCAGGGUUACCAGUGCAGACAGUGCAACGCAGCCAUUCACAAAAAAUGUAUAGACAAAGUAAUCGCUAAAUGCACGGGUUCAGCCAUUAACAGCAAAGAAACAAUGAUCCACAAGGAGCGCUUCAAGAUCGACAUGCCCCACAGGUUUAAGGUCUACAACUACAAAAGUCCCACUUUCUGUGAACACUGCGGUACUCUGCUGUGGGGGCUUGCCAAGCAGGGGCUCAAAUGUGAGGAAUGUAGCAUGAACGUCCAUCAUAAAUGCCAGAAGAAAGUAGCCAACCUCUGUGGGGUCAACCAAAAACUGAUGGCUGAAGCUCUGGCUAUGAUCGAGUGUAAACAGCAGGCCGAUGCUGGUCCUACCUUUUGUCAGGCCAGAAGUACCAGAGAAAGUGAAAUCAUUGGUCGAGAAGGCCCAGUAGGUGUUGGCCAGCCGGGCGUGGUCCGAGCUCCGUCUGGGUUAGUAACGGGUGUCCCAGCCACAGCUACACCUGCAAACAAAGACUAUCAGGGUGUGUCAUGGGACGGACCGACCGACAUCGGCAGGUCGAUCACUGAGGCGCUGACCGAAGAGCCUCUGUACGCUGUUCCCAGGAAGGAGCACCAACCCAAAUUCACCAUCGAUGACUUUGUCCUGCACAAGAUGCUUGGGAAAGGCAGCUUUGGCAAGGUGUUUUUAGCCGAGCUGAAAAACAGCGGGCACUUUUACGCCGUGAAGGCUCUAAAAAAGGAUGUGGUGCUGAUGGACGAUGAUGUCGAGUGCACCAUGGUGGAGAGGAGGGUCCUCUCUCUUGCCUGGGAAAACCCUUUCCUCACACACCUUUACUGCACCUUCCAGACCAAGGAGAACCUGUUCUUUGUGAUGGAGUAUCUGAAUGGAGGGGAUCUCAUGUUCCACAUCCAGAACUGCCACAAGUUUGACUUGCACAAGGCCACCUUCUAUGCAGCUGAGAUCAUCUGUGGGCUCCAGUUCCUGCACUCUAAAGGAAUUAUUUACAGGGAUCUGAAGCUGGAUAAUGUGCUGCUGGACUCUGAGGGUCAUAUCAAGAUAGCAGACUUUGGCAUGUGUAAGGAGAACAUGCAGGACGAGUCACGCACCGCCACCUUCUGCGGGACACCAGACUACAUCGCUCCAGAGAUCCUGCUGGGUCAGAAGUACAACAGCUCAGUGGACUGGUGGUCGUUUGGAGUGCUGCUGUACGAGAUGCUGAUCGGCCAGUCUCCGUUCCACGGCCGCGAUGAAGAGGAGCUGUUUCAAUCCAUACGUACUGACAACCCGGUUUACCCCCGCUGGCUCACCAAAGACUCCAAGGACAUUCUGAUCAAGCUGUUUGUGAGGGAGCCCGAGGAGCGCCUGGGAGUGAAGGGAAACAUCAGACAGCACAGUUUCUUCAGCAGCACUGACUGGAACUCCCUGGAACAACGGAAGGUGGCGCCGCCCUUCAAGCCAACAUUAACGUCGCCCAGUGACUGCAGUAACUUUGACAAAGAGUUUAUCAACGAGAAGCCCCGGCUGUCGUGUGCCGACCGGACGCUCAUCAACAGCGUUGACCAGACGAUGUUCAGAAACUUCUCCUUUGUCAACCCGGGGAUGGCUCGCAACGCAGCACGAUGACGAGACCAACAACCUACUACCUUACAAGCAAGCCGCUCAGACACAAACAGCACUUACUGGAA